CAGGAGUCUGACUAGGCGCCCGGAAUUGUGGGAUCUGAUCUCAUACUCCGUACCGACGUGCUGGUACCGACGGGACGGGACGGUCCAUAUCGCAGAGAUUUAGUUAGUGCACCAACGCAGUCAACGAAGAAUUCCGCUCCCCUUCACCAACCCUCUUGUUUACCGAGCGUGGCCCAAAUUUUCAAACUCCCCUAAACGGGUCUUCAAAUCAUCGUUCCCUCCAGUGCAUGAGUGCCCAGGCACAUUAUGGCCCCCAUCGACGCAGGAUCGACGCUCUGCCGACGGUGCAAUGAGAACGAGGUCACACACACGAUCCGCUCGGAGCCAACAUGCGGCCCCUGUUACCGUAAAUAUGUGCAGAUGAAGGCCGUCAAGCGGCUUGAGGCAGCAUCCAAGGAAAUCCGCGCCGCGCCAACACAGACCAAGAAGGUCCUAGUCGGCCUGUCCUUUGGCGUGUCAUCGUCCUCGCUCAUCCACAUGCUCUAUGAGAGUGUCGAGAGUCAGCUGAAGAAGAGGCCAACCCCGGCCUAUGAUCCUGUGGUGGUUCAUGUCGAAACGGAUACCGGCGAUCGGACCUCAUCAUCGCCUUCCCAGACCAAGAGGCUUCUAGACAAAUUCAGCGAGCGAUAUCCCCGCUUUACAUUUCGGCGCAUACCGCUCACUUCGGCGCUGGACUUGGACACGAUCGACUGGAGCUCAUUGCCCGUCGCGCCAGGGGAAAAAGAGAAGGAACCUGGGGAGAGGUUGCACAAUUUCUUCACCCGCCUGCCCUCCACGACGUCCAGGGCUGACAUUGUGCGGUUGCUCGUGCGCCACAUCCUCAUAUCCACCGCGCUGGCCGAAGGCUGCCACGCGCUGUUCCUCGGCUGCAGCACCACCGCCCUGGCAGCGCUGACCCUGGCGGAGACGGCAAAGGGGCGGGGGUUUACGCUCCCGUGGGUGAUCAACGACGGGCCCCAGCCUGUCCACGCCUUCACCACCGCACCGCCGCCGACGGACGCCGGCUCAGAUACUCCAGCACAGGCAGCCACUGGUAGAGAGGUGGCCAGGUUACCGAUCUACUACCCCCUCCGUGAGGUGUUCAGGAACGAGGUCAUCGAAUACGCGGGACUCGUGUCCCCGCCCCUCACGGACCUCGUCCUGCCUUCCGACGCGGCGGGCCCAGGAGCUGCCGUCGUGUCUCACAGGGACGUCAGCAUAGACGACGUGAUGACUCGUUACUUUGACGAAGUCGAGGCGAGCUACCCUUCCAUCGUGGCCAACGUGGUGCGCACGACGGCGAAGCUGGAGCGUCUCGGAGAGGAUGGGGACGACGUGUCGUGUGGGCUAUGCGGGAUGGGACUGGAUGAGCAGGGGAAUAAGAGAUGGGAGGGUGAGAUAGGAGACGCGGAGGCAAGCGAGUAUGGGAGUCUAUGCUACGGUUGCCAGCGGUCAAUGCGGAACUGAUACCUUCAUAGCCUCGGGAACUUUAUAAACUGGCGACUCAUGGGCGCGAGUUGUUAGGGCUUUCUA